AUGAAGAAGAGAUUCUACUGCUCGGACCCAGAGAUGGCUAUACUGUUCUCCAUCUGCCUCGCCUUAGGAAUAUUGGUGGUUUCCCAUGAAUCCAUCUCUUGGUAUCUUGGUGUCGGUAACAACCAGCUCAUUGUCGUCGGAUUCCUGCUCAGCAUCAUGAGUAUAUGCUUAGGCAGCGUCGCGCCGAACCUGUUCAUUCUCAUAGAGGCCAUAUUUGGCGAGUCCACUAUCCAGAACUACGACGAGCUUCUGCGCAACAAGCCUACCGCCUCGAGACUUGGUGUGUCUUGGAGAGUGGCACUCAUCCUCAUGUUGGCUCUUCCCAUUGCUCUCAGCGUCGCGUACAAGACCUUCACUGUUGGCGAGAGUCGGAUGGAUAUCGACAGCUUUGACUACAUCUCCAACAAGACCUAUUAUGGCAUGUUCCAGCCGCCUGGCAUACUUUUGUUCAACGGCGUCUCUAGGUUUUUCAACGCAACCACGGCUUUUCGGGAAGCCACAAAACUCAGCUCAAAUGGCCCUGAGCCACCUUUUCCAACACUGCCGAGCACAUAUGGCUACAAUAUCUAA